CGAUCCAAACAACUUAUAUUGGUUUGGUUUUUCAUUCUUUCAGCUAAAAUUAUCCAUGGAGAAGUGCUUGCUUCUGUCUUUAAUUCUUUUGUUCUUCCAUUUUCCAUCAUUCUCUUCUUCAUCUUCUUUCAACUCCUCCUUAUGUCAUCAUGAUGAGAGCUUUGCUUUGCUUCAGUUCAAGUCCUCCUUCACUAUAGAUACUCCUUGUGUUAAAUCUCCUAUGAAAACAGCAACAUGGAAAAAUGGGACUGAUUGCUGCUCAUGGCAUGGUGUCACGUGUGACACCGUAUCUGGUCACGUCAUUGGCCUUAACCUUGGCUGUGAAGGCUUUCAAGGUAUACUCCAUCCUAAUAGUACCCUUUUCCAUCUUGCUCACCUUCAAAUGCUCAACCUUUCGAACAAUUAUUUCUCUAACGAUUUCUCUGGCUCCCAUUUUCAUUCUAAGUUUGGCGGGUUUAUGAGUCUUACACAUCUCGACUUGUCUUCUUGUUUCUUUCAAGAUGAAAUUCCUUCUCAAAUCUCGGACCUUUCCAAAUUACAAUCACUUCAUCUUUCUGGGAAUGAUAAGUUAGUUUGGAAAGAGACUACCUUGAAGAGACUUGUGCAAAACGCAACAAGUUUAAGGGAGCUGUUUUUGGAUUAUACAGACAUGUCUUUGAUAAGACCAAACUCCAUAAACUUGCUCUUCAAUCGAUCUUUCUCUCUGGUUACUCUUAAUCUUAGAGAGACAAUCUUAAGUGGAAAAUUGAAAAAGAGCAUUCUUUGUUUACCAAGUAUUCAAGAGCUAGAUAUGUCAUAUAAUGACCACCUUGAAGGCCAACUUCCAGAAUUGAGCUGUAGUACUUCUCUCAUUACUUUGGAUCUCUCAGGUUGUGGAUUCCAAGGGUCAAUUCCUCUGUCUUUUUCUAACCUUACACGUCUUGCCUCCCUACGUCUGUCAGGGAACCACCUAAACGGUUCAAUUCCAUCCACAAUUUUAACCUUUUCACAUCUUACCUUUCUGUAUCUCGAUGACAAUGUACUCAAUGGUCAAAUCCCGGAUUCUUUUCAUCUGUCAAACAAAUUUCAAAUAAUAGAUUUGAGUGGUAACAAGAUUGGAGGUGAACUACCAACAUCACUUUCAAACCUUCGACAUCUCAUUAACUUGGAUCUUUCAUACAAUUCAUUAAGCGGUCAAAUUCCAGAUGUAUUUGGCGGGAUGACCAAACUGCAAGAACUCCGUCUAUAUUCAAACAAUUUAGUAGGACAAAUUCCACUUUCCUUAUUUAAGUUGACUCAACUUGUUAGAUUCGAUUGUUCAUAUAAUAAAUUAAGAGGUCCAUUGCCAAAUAAAAUUACAGGUUUUCAACAGCUAGUUCGUUUUCGUUUAAAUGACAACCGUCUAAACGGAACAAUUCCUUCCUCUUUGUUAUCUUUGCCUCGUUUGCUAAAUUUAUAUCUAUCAAACAAUCAACUUACAGGGCAUAUCAGUGCAAUCUCGUCCUAUUCGUUAGAGGCUCUAAAUCUAGGCGGUAACAAGCUACAAGGCAAUAUUCCAGAAUCAAUUUUCAACCUUGUAAAUUUAGCUGUAUUAGAUCUAUCAUCAAACAACUUGAGUGGUGUUGUCAAUUUUCAACACUUUGGCAAACUUCAAAAUUUGUAUUCUUUGUCCCUUUCACAGAAUACACAAUUAUCACUAACCUUUGAAUCCAAUGUCAGUUACAAUUUUUCUCAUCUAAGGGAAUUGGAUUUGUCUUCUAUCAACUUGACAAACUUUCCCAUAUUAUCAGAAAAAUUCCUAAGUUUGGAUUAUUUUGAUUUGUCCAAUAACAAUCUUAAUGGAAGGGUGCCAAAUUGGUUGUUUGAAACAGCAGAAUCUUUGAACCUCUCUCAAAAUUGCUUCACUUCAAUAGACCAAAUCUCAAGGAAUGUUGAUCAGCUUGGUAGUCUUGAUCUUAGUUCUAACUUACUGGAAGGUGAUAUCUCUUUGUCGAUUUGCAGUAUGAAAUCACUUCGAUUUCUCAACUUGGCGCACAACAAAUUGACCGGUAUCAUUCCACAAUAUCUUGCUAAUUUAUCAUCCCUACAAGUCUUGGAUCUACAAAUGAAUAGAUUUUAUGGCGCUUUGCCAAGUAACUUCUCAAAGUACAGUGACCUUCGGAGUCUGAAUCUCAAUGGCAACCAUAUAGAAGGUCAUUUGCCUAAAUCUUUGUCCCACUGUAAAACGCUGGAGUUUCUAAACCUCGGCAGCAACAAAAUAGAAGACAAAUUUCCUGACUGGAUUCAAACUUUGCAAGAUUUGAAAGUGCUAGUUUUACGAGAUAAUAAGUUGCAUGGUCACAUUGCCAAUUUAAAGAUCAAGAAUCCAUUUCCCAGUUUAGUUAUUUUUGAUAUCUCGGGAAAUAACUUUAGUGGUCCGCUACCACCGAAAGACUAUUUCAAAAAGUAUGAAGCCAUGAAGGCUGUUACUCAAGUGGGAGAGAAUACCAGUUUGCUAUAUGUACAAGAUUCAGCAGGGUCCUAUGAUUCUGUGACUGUGGCAAACAAAGGGAUCAAUAUGACAUUGGUAAAAAUUCCAAUAAACUUUGUAAGUAUUGAUUUCUCAAGAAACAAGUUUAAUGGAGGAAUUCCAAAUGAUAUAGGAGAACUUCACGCACUCAAAGGGCUUAACCUUUCACAUAACAGACUCACUGGUCCUAUUCCUCAAUCCAUACAAAACUUGACAAACUUGGAAUCGUUGGAUCUCUCGUCAAAUAUGCUCACUGGUAUGAUUCCUGCAGAAUUAACCAAUUUGAACAGUCUUGAAGUCUUGGAUCUUUCCAAUAACCAUCUUGUGGGAGAAAUACCUCAAGGAAAGCAAUUCAAUACAUUUACAAAUGAUUCUUAUAAAGGGAACUUGGGGUUAUGUGGAUUACCCUUGUCAAAGAAAUGUGGACCGGAACAACAUUCUCCACCUUCAGCCAACAACUUUUGGAGUGAAGAGAAAUUUGGCUUUGGAUGGAAACCAGUGGCAAUUGGUUAUGGAUGUGGAUUUGUGUUUGGAAUAGGCCUUGGAUAUUAUAUGUUUUUAAUUGGAAAGCCUAGAUGGUUUGUGAUGAUAUUUGGUGGUCAUCCUAAGAGAAGAGUGAAUAGGAGAACAUAAGUGAGGAGAAACAAUGGUCCAACCAUGAAUCAGAUGGUGCAAAUGUCAUAGUUUUAUUAUUCUGGUUAUUUUCUCUAUUGUGUGUGUUAGUUUUUACUCUGUUUAAAAUAAGUUUUGGUGUGAGUGUAACAAUCUAGUCUUUUUUAUUUGAUCUAGCUAGUUUGAUUUUUACUUAACUUAUAUGUGUAUGCAUCAACAUGUGUUAUAUAAUAAAAUUCCAAGUUUAUUUUUA